AUGGAAAAUAUGGAGCAAAUCUGGAAUUCUUCCGUUCAUACAUUUCAUGGUAAGAUAUUUCUUCGGAUUACAAAAACACGUAAAACAAUUGACAAUAUAGGCGGUCAAGAUUGGCGUUCACUUGAAAAUUUUGUUGAAGAUUAUUCUGUAACGACAAAUGCUUUUGGAACACCUUUAUCAGCUGCAAAAGCCGCUACCGAUGCGUUACAAACAAUGCAUCAUUAUCCUGCCAGGGAUACUGAACCAGCCAAAACACAAUUAGCGAAUUUUCUUUCUAUCAAUGAAAAUUCGAACAAUAUCCAGAAACGUUUAGUUUUAGGAAACGGCGCGUCAGAAUUGAUUGAUUUGUGUAUUCGUUUAGCUCCUGGAAAAACAUGGCGUGCAGGUCCGUGCGAACCACAAUAUCAAGAAUAUGCAAGGUCCGCAGCUAAUUAUAAAAGAACUAAAUUACCAUUUCAGUCACAAUCAGCUGACCUUCUUUGUAUUGUUAAUCCGUCUAAUCCAACAGGCAAAUACUUUACAGUAAACGACAUGAUGCACAAUUUAGAAAAUGCUUGGAAUGUUCCGCACGGUUCCACUGUUAUUGUUGAUGAGUCAAUGCAACCUUGGAUAGGAUCUUUGUGGAGGGAAGAAAGUUUGAUUUCCAAAGGAGAGUGGAUUUCGUUUAUGGCACACGAAAAGCAGAUUAAAAUUUUUAUCAUUCACUCUUGGACUAAGCUAUGGUCGUGCACAGGUCUUCGUGUUGGGUCUAUUCUUUGCCCUACGGAUCAUGAUUGUUUAAAUAUUUCACGCUAUCAAGUUCCAUGGUCUAUGAACAGUGCAGCCAUUGCAUUUCUUGCUGCAGUAGUUAAAGACGAAGAGUAUCUAAAUAAAACAUGGAAAUGGACAAGUAUUUGGCGUGCUCAAUUGUGUGAAGGACUUUCCAGGAUCUUCCCUAAUUGGACUUUUCAUGGCGCAAAUUUUAUAUCCUUUAUUUGGAUUGAUACACAUAAUGAAUCGGUAGCACAGGAGUGUGUUUUGCAAUGUCGUAAAGGAGGAAUGCCUAUUCGGUGGGGUGGUUUAGGCUAUGAAUCGCCUACUUGUAUACGAAUAGCAGUGAGAUCAAAUGAAAAAAACCAAUUGCUAAUUCAAUGUUUAAAUACGAUAACAAAAAUAAAAAAUUACACAAUAGUUUGACUGAGCGACAGAGCGAUAAAAUGUGGAUCCUUGUAAAGAACGUUAAGAUUGUUGGAAGCUUGUGGUUAAAAAAAACACCAUUUGAAAUGCAUGCACAAAAAUAUGGCAUCCUUUAGGUUUUGUUUAAGGUCUUGCUGUAUAGCGAAAACAAUAGAAUUUUAGUAGCAUUUAACUCAUGUUUUUUAUUUAACAACAAUGCAUUAUUUAAACAGCAAAAUAAACAACUUUCUUAUGCUGCAACUUGAAACACUACCUUUACCUUGUGUGUAUCUUGAACUGCCUUGGAUACCAACUCGCGCAUAUUGUCGCUUACUAGCCAAUACAUUUCAUCCAAACAAAACAACUGAUUCUGUUGAACAAAUUUUAUGUCAAUUAUACAGCCAUGUUCUUUCUUCUAUUGGUUUCAUUCAAAAAAAUCGUUCUAGUUGCCUUGAGUAUCUGUUUGUUGAAAAAUACAACUAUUCAUGCUUUUGUAUACGUCAAGUUCUUCUUGGCCAAUUCUCUUCAAAUCAAAAAAGUACAUUGCUUAACUGUAUGGUUACACAGAAGAAAUCAUAUCAGCAAGUUUUUGACCUUUCAUAUAAAACGGUAUCUGCCUCUGAAUUGUUUUCUCUACGUCUUUCUAAAUCUCAGCGUCGACAAGGUUUAUACCUAAAGCGACGAAUUUCCUACCAUCAUCAUGAGCAUAUUUAUAUUUACCAAAAAAGACAUUCAUUAGAUAAUCUUCCACUUGAUAUUCAGUCUCUGAACGACUAUUGGGAAAAUCGCAUUCAAUCCAUCGAGCCAUAUAUUACAACAUUAGUUAUUUUAUUAGAUUUCACUCACCAACAGAAAUUUGAUACCCGCGGAGAAGUCUCUAAAACAUUUUUAAAUAGCGACAAUCAUCAUCAGUGGAAGUGCGAAAAUACGAGAAAAAUCAUUCAUAUGACUUUACAAUUGAAUUGCAUCUUUCUUUCUCAACAUGUCCCAUAUACGGUGGUUAUUUUUCAUCGCUUGCCCGAAACUUUUUCUACUUUUAUACAGCAAUGUAUAGAAAAAUCAAAUACAAAUAUUACACUGGGAAUGAAUGCGUCAAGUCACCAACUAGAAAAAGAAAACGAGAUAGAUGAGUCUUUUCAUCACCAUCGCCGAGCAGUUUCUUUACCUUUAACGUUAUCUUGUUCCCAUGCUGUUAACAAGACUUGUAAAUUUAACCAAGCCAACUCAUGUAAGGACACUUUUGACCUUUCAAAACUUGAGAAGAAGCAAGAGAAAAAGCUUUCAGAACAACUUUUACCUGAUCGCUGUUUAUAUAAGAAAACUUUGCUUCAACGCCCAGAAUUUGUCAAUUCAAUGAGCAGUACCAUACCAAAUGAAUGGUUUAGUAUAAAAAAAAACGGGACAUUACGGGAAAUAAAAUAUGAACCAACAUUAAGAAUGUCCUUUCAAAACUGUAAAUCAACACGACAAUCCAUGUUGUCGGUUAUAUGCCACGCCUUUUGUUCAAAAGCAUGCGGCAUUUUGGACUCCUCUACCUUACCACUACAGCAGCACGAUGUCUCUAAUCACAAACCAUCAACUUAUUCUUUUUUGGAUGACGCUUCGUCUCAAUCAUUUAACGAUGACUUUAACAAUCCAGCUUCACGUUCCAAUACGUCAAGUCAGCGAAAUAUGUACUCCAAUCCACUUCACUAUUCUGAUCAGACACUUUGUGAGAACGUUCACUUACCUUCCGGUUCACAUGUCUCUUUGAAAAGUCGACGAUAUUCAAAACCAUCUAGCCCAAAAGUAGUGCGUUCUCGCAACAAAAUUCGUUCCCAAAACAACAUCCAUACCUCAUCUUCGUCCUCUUUAAUUAGCUUGAUCUCAACAGAAACUGAUUUCACUAUCACAUCACUUGAUCUCGUACAACCUUGCGAUGGUCGUAUCUGAUUAUAAGACAACCGUAGCAUCCGAUUUCCACUCAUAUUUUAAUGUAAAACUUCUAUGAAACCUUAUACAAAUAUGCGCAAAUGUCUCCAUGUGUUUCGGGAAGCAUAAAAACGCGCUUAUGAUGCGUCAACACAGUGUGCUUCUUAACAAGUCAUUAUAAUUAAAAAAAAAAUACCACUGCUUUUAAAAUUUUUUUAACACGCUACAAAAAGUGUACUUAAUAAAUGCUUCCAGUGCAAUGUUGCUUAUCCUUAUUUUCCCUAAAUCAAAACAAAGAAAGCUGAGUUUUUAUCUAAUGUAUGCUUUUAUUCAUAAAACGCGAACUUUUUCGUGUUAGUCAAAAAUAUGUGAAGAAAGAUAAGAAACGUUAUAUAGAAAAAUUUUGAAAUCUUUUUUGAACAAUUAA